GCGAGGGGUAUCUGAUAACUCUUCUUGUUCCCCUACAUCUGCCGCCAUGUUGUCCAGCGUAUCGCGCAGCACGUUUGGGAGGACUAGUAUCCGUACGGCAGCCAGGCGGGCGGCUGCGAAGGAGGCUCGCCGGUCAUUCGUUCAGCCCUCCAACGCGGACCGCGCGAGUGUUGUCGACGUACCGUCCAUUUACCAGGACGACAAUCUUUUCUCACCGCGUCCUGACAUGCUCGGGUUCAAGUUAGAGCUACCUCAACGCGAAGGAUCGGCAACUGAUAAAACUCGUCCCAUCUACUUGGACAUGCAAGCUACUACCCCUGUGGACCCCCGCGUGCUCGACGCGAUGCUCCCCUACUUGACGGAUCAAUACGGGAAUCCUCAUAGUAGGACACAUGCCUAUGGUUGGGAGGCUGAAAAGGGUGUGGAGGAGGCUCGAAAGAACGUUGCGGAUAUCAUUGGCGCGGAUCCUAAAGAUAUCGUCUUCACAUCCGGAGCGACGGAGUCUAACAACAUGAUCAUCAAAGGUGUUGCAAGGUUCCAUAAAGAGAAAAAGCGGCAUAUCAUCACGACGCAGACUGAACACAAAUGUGUAUUGGAUUCCUGUCGUAAACUGCAAGAAGAGGGUUUCGAAGUCACCUAUCUUCCUGUCCAGCGCAACGGCGUCAUUGAUCUCAACGAGUUGGAUGCUGCGAUCCGCCCAGACACGUCCCUCGUCUCCAUAAUGACCGUGAAUAACGAGACGGGCGUCAUCCAGCCUAUGAAGGAGAUUGGUCAAAUCGUGCGGAAGCAUCGUGGAGUGUACCUGCACACGGAUGCCGCGCAGGCGGUCGGCAAAAUACCGGUGGACGUGAACGAGAUGAACGUCGACCUCAUGAGCAUCUCCGGUCACAAGAUCUACGGCCCCAAAGGCGUUGGAGCAGCUUAUGUGCGACGCCGCCCGAGGGUGAGGUUGGAGCCUAUCUUGAGCGGCGGUGGACAGGAGCGUGGCUUACGGAGUGGUACGCUACCUACGGCGUUGAUCGUGGGUAUUGGCGCAGCGGCAAAAAUUGCAAGACAAGAGAUGGCGCGCGACCACGCACGCAUAUCGGAAUUGUCAGAACGCUUGGUCAACAGUAUCAACUCACAAGUAGAGCACGUGGUGCGCAAUGGAGACGCUAAGGGAUAUCCAGGCUGCGUCAACCUUAGCUUUGCCUACGUUGAAGGCGAGAGCUUGCUCAUGGCACUGAAGGAUGUGGCAUUGUCAUCCGGCAGUGCGUGCACAUCCGCGUCUCUGGAGCCGUCAUAUGUUCUCCGUGCCUUGGGAGCCGCGGAAGACAUGGCGCACUCGUCUCUGCGCUUCGGCCUUGGCCGCUUUACCACUGAGGCUGAGGUCGACUACGUCGUCAACAAAAUCGUCGCAACCGUUAACAAGCUACGCGAGAUGAGUCCACUCUGGGAGAUGGUGCAAGAAGGUAUUGACAUCAGCACCAUUGAUUGGUCCCAGCAUUAGGCAAUUUCUUCGCUGUCUGAUUCUACGUCCUCAUUAUUGCAUUGCCCUAUAACGUGAUCCGCUGCAUACUUAUGUACAUAGUACUGGUCCUCCUGGUCCCUAAUCCAUUGACUCUGUGGUUCUG